GUCGAGUCGAAGAACUGAUUACUGGUAAGGAUGAUCAAGUCAGAGGAGCGGCAGUCAAGAUUCGUAGCAAGGGAAUGAAACCUAGCAGACUAAGAAGACCAAUACAGGCGCUGAUCCCGUUGGAGAUUAAUGACGCAGAAAACGAAGACGCUGAAAGAGAAAACCCAUCCAAGAAGAAAGACGAUCCAGAGGAAACAGUUGAAACAUUAAAACCAAGAAGAAAGGCAGCCGUCGCAGCAGAUGAACUACGUAGGCAGUGGCUAUAA